CCCCACUUGGACCAGCCCUCGGAGACCCGCAACCCCUGACUCUUGCCCGACACCCUCCAGAGUCAGAACCAGUGAAUUUUCAGCUAUGUCACUUGCUAUCCGUGGGACCUUAUGCAAAUAAAUCUGAGCCUCAGCCUUCUCAUCUAAAAAUGCGAACAAUGCUGAGAGAGGUUGUGAGAAUCAGAUGAGCCGUGGUACAGAGUAAAUGUUCAGUGAACAUUCGUUAAAUCAAUGAGUGAAUGUGAGGUGUCCAUAACAUGUAUCAGCGUUCUUUCCUUCUGAGAUGGAGAUCUUUUCAGACCAACAACCUUCCCUGCCUCCAACACAAAAUGGGUAGGUGGAGGGCGCUAGCGAUGGAACAGGUGCUCCUGCACGUCUUACAGAUGGUCCAGGGUGGGUUUUGUGCUCAGCCCUAGGAACUGGCAUCUUGCUUCCCACCAGUGCCACCACCUCUGUAUGCUCUAUACACAUCCACUUAACUUCACACCCAUUUAACAAACAUUUACCAAGAAUCUACUAUGAGUGAGACACCAUUCUAGGUGCCGUGAAUACGGAUACAAAAGAUCAUUCCUCCCCACAAGUAGUUCACAGUCUUUGAGGGAAGACAAACAUGCAAACAUUUCGCCGUAAUCUGCUCAAUAGUAUAAUGGAGGUAAGUAUUGGUUGGAAGUUUGAAAGCAUAAGUGCCUAACUCCUGGCCGGGUGCAGUAGCUCAUGCCUUUAAUCCCAGCACUUUAGGAGGCCAAGGUGGGCGAAUUACUUGAGGUCAGGAGAUCGAGACCAGCCUGGCCAAUAUGGUGAAACCCCGUCUCCACUAAAAAUACAAAAACUAGCCAGGCGUGAUGGCUGGCACUUGUAAUCCCAGCCACUCAGGAGGCUGAGGCAGGAGAAUCGCAUGAACCCGGGGAGCGGAGGUUGCAGUGAGCCAAGAUCACGCCACUGUACUCUACCCUGGGUGACAGAUUGAGACUCUGUCUCAAAAAAAAAAAAAAAAAAGGAAAAGUGUCUCAUUCCUGAGGAAAUCAGGCAAGACCAUGGAGAAAAGAACAUGGAGCUCAGAAGUGAAUGGGAGUUCAUCUGGACAAGUUGAAGUGGGUCAUUGGAGACAAAGAGUCCAGAUAUUGUCUAUGGUUGAUGAAAUAAGAAACAGAGGUUUGACUGUAUUUUUUAAAUUGUGGGAAGAGGAACCUACAAAGGAUCUGAAAAUAAUGAACAUGGGUAUACUUGCAGGGACAAGGAAGAUGGGGAGUAUGAAUGAAAAUCCCUUCUCAUAGCAGAAAGUCCCUAGAUGUGUCUGAAGUCAACAAGUCGAGAAACAGCCUCAUAAGCACAGCAGUCACAGAUGCAGUGGUGGCACCAGAAGGACUGAAAAGGAAUGGUGGGGGCAGCCACUUCAGAAGCAGCAGGGGGCAGAGAGCUGUUAUUUUUUAACCAUGUGUUGUAUUUCUUUGAUUUUUAAAAAGUUGAGACAAUUUUAAAUAAAAUCUUUCUUCUAA